CUUUGUAGUUGAUUGAACAAAAUUUCCCGCUAAUGCUCCUUAUCUUCAGUUGUAUGUGUCAGAAGGUGAAAAUCAGCCAGCAUUCGUUCUUGCCAACCAAAUGAUUUCACCACAGCAAGGCUUGUUCCAUUCGAUUCAAACGUCAAAUUGCAAGUGCGACCCCCACCGAUUUCAGGCACAACCUAUGUUCUUGCUUCCACGUUUCAUCUUCUUCUCUUCCCGUCAGCCACAUCCUAAAAAACUUUCAGUGAAUUUAGCGAAACUUAAAGAGGAUGAGGAGGUACUUGAUUUGUAUGAAGGAGGGCUAGGAGGUAAAGCUUUAAAGCAGAAGGUUGAGAAUAUUGGGAUAAACUGGGAUUCUUGUACCCCUGGCCAAUACACUCACCUAAUUUGUCCAUUGUGCAAAGGUGGGGAGUCCAAGGAGAGGAGUCUAUCAUUCCACAUAAACCAAAAUGAGAAAGUUGCAAUGUGGAGAUGCUUUAAUUUUGAAUGUGGAUGGGCUGGUCAUGUUUUGGCAGAUGUAGGGCGUGCACAAGAUGGAGUCCACAGAGUUAAUCAAGCUAACUUUCCUAAAAAAAUGACUGAAGAGAACUUGCGGUUAGAGCCGCUAGGUGAUGAGCUGAUAGACUACUUUGCUGAGCGAAUGAUAUCUCCAGAAAUUUUGGAGAAAAAUUAUGUUAUGCAAACAAUUGAUGAUAAGAACGUGAUAGCGUAUACGUAUAGAAGGAAUGGAGAGCUUGUCAACUGUAAGUUUCGCAGCAUAACAAGCAGAAAGUUUUGGCAGGCGAAGCAUGGAGAAAGGAUAUUAUAUGGAGUUGAUGGCAUAAAGGAAGGAAAUGAAAUUAUUAUAGUCGAGGGGGAAAUCGAUAAGCUGUCAAUGGAACAGGCUGGAAUACUAAAUUGUGUUAGUGUUCCCGAUGGUGCACCCCAACAAGUGUCAACAUCAUUGCCAUCUAAAAAACAGGACACAAGAUACAAGUAUCUAUUAAACUGCAAAGGGUAUCUUGAUAAGGCAUCUCAAAUUGUAUUGGCAACAGAUGGUGAUGGACCUGGUCGAGCCUUAGCUGAAGAACUUUCAUGCUGCCUUGGAAAGGAAAGAUGUUGGCUUGUAACAUGGCCAAAGAAAGAUGAGUUCGGCUGUUACAAGGAUGCAAAUGAGGUUCUGGUGCAUUUGGGCGCAGAAGCGUUGAGGCAGGUCGUUGAAACCGCAGAGUUAUACAAGGUGAAGAGUUCAAUCUGAAAUAUAUAUGCAGCAUCUUUUUCACCUGCGGUUAUCAGAAUAACGGGACUUAGAAACCUUAUAGAAGUUUAAUGGUUGCAAAGAGGAAGCAAAAAUCCAUGGUGGUUGUUCAGGAUCAGUUAAUCUGUGAACUCUUGUGCUAUUUUCUCAAGUAAAACUCUCUUUUCUUUUCUUCUCUUCUUACAUUGUCAUGGAUCUAUGAACGUUGGACAAUGAUUGCUAUGUGAAAUCAUUCUAUCGGUUUGUCGUUUACCAAA